UGCCUCUGUUUUUAUAGCUGUAUGGAAAACUGUUAGUUUUGCAUCAUAUAAACGCUGACUCUGGCAGGUAGGUGGGGUUUAACGGGGCUGAUUAUUUACGGUACUUUUUGUAGCAGCAGAGCUCUCCGGGAUGGCAUAAGAGUGGCUAUUACUACGGGAGGAGAAAGCCUACCGACCAAACAAAAGACAGAGCCUCGUGGACUCGUUCCAUCGGCGAUGGCACAGCUAGAGGUGUUUUUGUUCCCGGCUCCAGCUCGCAUUUCGUCUGGGAAAUCUGCUAAAAUUGGCUAAUCCUGACCGGUACAUCAACCGACACCUCCAACUAUGGAUUGCAUUGAAGUUCCACCUUGUGUGUUUCUGCGUCAAGACAAUAAGAAGUAAGAGGAAAACAUCACGGACGACUGUGGGUUAUUCUCCAUUCCGGACUGAUCCCCAUCUAUAAAGCGGGUCAUUGAGAAAUGCAGAAGUCAACGGAUUUUUACCCGAAACAGAUUUUGAUAGACUAUUUUGUUUCAAUCCUCGGCUGCAAUAUUCAGGAUAUUCAAUUGGUUGACGUGUAAAGGGCAUGGACACAAUGUUUAUUAUCUACUGUCUACGCAAGUUAUGUUUUAGCUACCAUAAAUUAUCCAUGUAGUUAGAAUAUAUGUCUUCGUGCUCUCUAUUUUGCAAUUAACGACCUGGGAUGAUAUAACUGCAGUUGAGAGGAUUGCUUUGCGCUGGUAGGAAUAGUGCUCUGCUGUAGUUAAGCUCUUUUUAACAGAGAAAGGCCUGUCGGGAUAGACGCUACGCAGAUCGCCUUUAGGCUUUCAGAAAUACCUUUUUGUUCAUUUUGACAACAAACCGAUAUAUAUAUAUAUAUACAAAAUCAAAUGUAAUUCAUAUAAACGCAAGUAACCUAUUCUGAGCUGCAGUGUACAGUUGUAGGCUAUAAAGUGGAAUCAUCUGCCCACUGCACUAGCAAGGUGACAGUAGAGUAGGGUUGCAGUGUGAGCGGAGUUCUCUGUGACAGAAGGACAACAACCAUGGCUCUGCCAGAUAACACCCCAGGCAUUCCCCUAGUGGAGGAAGUCAUCUUCCCUGAGAUAGUAGAGCUGAAUGUGGGCGGCCAGGUGUACAUCACCCGCUACUCAACACUCAUCAGUGUACCAGACUCUCUCCUGUGGGAGAUGUUUAGCAGGAAAACCACCAAAGGGCUGGCGAGGGACACCAAGGGCCGUUUUUUCCUGGACAGGGAUGGUUUCCUGUUCCGGUAUAUUCUGGACUACAUGAGAGAUCAGCAGCUGGUGCUCCCUGACCACUUCCCAGAGCGGGGUCGCCUGCAGCGGGAGGCUGAGUUCUUCAACCUACCUGAGCUCAUAAAGAUCCUGGCGCCCAAACUCAGCAAGCAGAACUCGCUGGGUGACGAGGGGUGUCAGAGCGACCCGGAGGACUCCUCGCCAGGCAUCGACACCGGGCGCAACCUGGCCUCGCUGGGCACUGCUGCCUGCGCCAGUCUGGUCCCCAGUGGAGACGGUAAACGCUCAGGAUUCAUCACCAUCGGUUAUCGCGGCUCCUAUACUUUGGGGCGCGACAGUCAGUCCGACGCCAAGUUCAGACGUGUUGCUCGCAUUAUGGUCUGUGGCAAGACGUCGCUGGCUAAAGAGGUGUUUGGGGAGACGCUGAACGAGAGCCGGGACCCGGACCGACCCCCAGAGCGCUACACGUCACGCUACUAUCUCAAAUUCACCUUCCUGGAGCAGGCCUUUGACAAGCUGGCAGACGCCGGGUUUCACAUGGUGGCCUGUAACUCCACGGGGACCUGCGCCUUCGCUCACGAGCAGACGGACGACAAGAUCUGGACCAGCUACACUGAAUACGUGUUCUACCGUGAGUGAGACCAUCAUCAGCCCUGGUCCCCGGGCCCCCAAGUGCUCCCCAGCCUCCAGCCCCUCUCCCGUUGCCUCCCUGGAUCCAGCCCUGGGUCCUCUUGCCUCCUGGACCCCAGCCUCCAGCCCCCCCCUAGUUCUUUGACCCCCCCUUUGUGCUCCCUAGCCUCCAGUCCUUGGCUCCAACCACCGUGUGCCCCCCCACUCUCCCAGCCUCCAGCAUUUGGAUUCCUGCUUCAAGCCCCCCUGGCCCCCAGCCCCAUGGGCCCCUGCCUCAAGCCCCCUGGCCCCCAGCCCCAUGGGCCCCUGCCUCAAGCCCCCUGGACCCCAGCCCCAUGUUCCACGGCCCCCUGCUUCAAACCCCCCUCAUCCAUAUUUAUUUCUGGCCCAUCAGCUGCCUUCCUUACCGCCUCUGCUGUCCCCUCUCCUGAUCCAUCUAUGAACGGACCAUCGCCCCCUCAAGCCUCCACACCAAGCCCCAGAGACCCAACUGCCUCCCCCUCCACCCUCCAUGUACUGUCUUCUGUAUAUAGUAUCUGCCUCAGUGAAGCACAAUGCUGUGUGUAAAAUAGCUUAUUUAGUCCAGUUCAAGCUCUUCCUGGUCUGUGUUUAACUAAUUGCAGAACUCAGAGAGUAGGCUGGAGGGGCCUAUUGGAAAAGAGCUUAGCCUGAAGUGGCCCCCGGUCGGUACUAUUUUGUUCUGAAUCAAGCCUCUGCUGUUGCUUACUCCAGCAGAUCAGACUCCUCUCUUCUCCCUCUAAGCAGCCGAGAGGAAUGAGCGAGAGUGUGGCCAGCCGGCACAAGCAAGAACAAAGUGUUACACAAACUAAAGUCUUUCGCUUCCAUUCCUCCUUCUCCUACUUCUUAUUUCCAGUAUGACAUGUCUGUGACCAAACUGUUGGGAAAGGACCGUUCAGUUCUACUAUUCAAAUGAUUUAACAUAUU